AUGCCUACAGUCCAACCUCUCCGAUAUGCACACAGCGAUGGGCAUACGGAUGUGUGCUUUGACGACAGUGGAAAGCAUAUACUGACAUGUGGAACAGAUGGAGAUGUACGUGUUUGGGCUGGCAUAGAGGAUGAUGAUGCAAUCUCUCACAGGGUUGGUGACCGUGUCUAUGGUAUUGUAUACAAGAGUGGCAGAUUCUUUACAUCCUCGGACACCAACACCAUUCAGGCUCAUACCUUCCCAGAUGGGGGACCCGAUGGCAUCUUGACGCGAUUCACUGCUCCAGUCAAUCACAUGGUUGUAAAUCGGUCCGGCAAGACCAUGGUUGCCUGCUCAAGUGAUUUCACUAUUAAGUCAGUAGAGGUAGACACGUGUAGCCAUAAAACUAUGCAAGGUCAUGAAGCUCCAGUUCUCAGUGUAGCCCUGGACCCAAAGGAGGAGUUUGUGGCCUCAUCUAGCUGUGAUGGUACUGUCCGGAUAUGGCAACACAGUGACCAUUCUCAAGUCACAUCAAUGGGUAUUCUUCCCAAGACAAAUGAUGUCAGUUUAUCAAAAACCUUGUGUCGGUUAUGCUGGGACUUGAAAGGAGAGAACCUAUUUGUUCCUGUAGAAAAGGAAAUCCAUAUUUAUGAAAGAUCAAGCUGGAAGAAAAUCGGAGUCUUUCAAGAUGAAGAUGUUGCGGGUGUGCUAUCCAUCCUGACUCUGUCUCCUGAUGGCAAGUUUCUGGCGGUAGGAUCCUCAGAAGGAAGCAUCCUGGUAUUGGAUGUCAAGACAAGGAAGUGUGUGGAUAGGUAUAAACAUCCAAAGAAAUUUUCUGUGACUGCUCUGGCUUGGAAUCCUAAAAAGACAUCAGAGCUUGCAUUUUGUGAUAAAGAGGGCCAGCUGGGAGUGUUGGAGGACAUCAAGCUGUCAUUAGAUGCACAGGUUUUACAAGAAACACGAGCUAAAGAGACCCUUGGAAUAUUUGAUGACGAUGAUGACAAUGAUAUGCUGAUACAGGCUACAAACGAUGAGGGGAAUAUGGGAAUGGAGACUGGUGCAGAUAACUCAGAUGAUGACCAGAUGCCAAUAAUUAAACCCUUAGGAGAUAUUGAUGAUGACGAUACUAUGUCCAAGAAGUCUGACCAAGAUGAUGGUGCUAGUGUCAUAUCGGAUGCUCCCCUGGUGCUGCCACCUGCUCCUGUUGUAGUAGAGGGAUAUAAGCCCACACCACUCCAGAACCCAUUUCAGCCAGGGAGUACGCCAGUUCAUCUCUCUAGCAGGUUUAUGAUUUGGAACUCCAUUGGCAUUAUAAAGCAGUACAACACAGAAGAGGAGAAUAGCAUUGAUAUAGAGUUCCACAACACAUCAAUUCAUCAUGCCAUGCACAUCAGCAACACCAAUAAUAAUUACACAUUGGCUGACAUGUCUACUGAGGCUGUCAUUCUUGCUGCUGAGAGUGAUGAUGACAACCCCAGCAAACUCACAUGCAUGCAUUUUGGGUCAUGGGACAGCUGCAAGGAGUGGACCACGGUGAUGCCUGAGGGGGAAGAAAUAAUGGCUGUAACAUUAGGUGAGGAUUGGAUAGCUGUAGCUACUGACAAGAGAAAUAUCAGACUUUUCAGUCUUGGGGGCAUUCAGCGGGAAGUAUUCUCCAUACCAGGUCCUGUAGUGUGUAUGUCUGGCCACACCAAUCAGCUUCUGCUAGUGUAUCACAGGGGCAUGGCCAUUCCUGGUGACCAAUGUCUCGGUGUGACUUUGAUGUAUGUGGAAGGAAAGCAGAACACUGUACUUGGAGGACAGCCCCUGCCUCUCUCACCAAAGACAGCUCUGGCUUGGACUGGUUUUUCAGCUGAGGGGACUCCUUUCUACAUGGAGUCUUCUGGCAUUGUUAGGAUGCUAAACCGGAAAUUUGGUCCCAGUUGGAUUCAUGUGGCUAACACCAAAUCACAUGCAAAGGGGAAAUCUGACCACUACUGGAUUGUAGGGGUGAAUGAGAACCCCCAACAGUUACGGUGUAUUCCCUGUAAGGGAUCACGAUAUCCUCCAGUCCUUCCACGCCCUGCUGUUUCAAUACUUCCCUUCCAGGUGCCACUGUGUGAGAUGAACACGGAGAAGAGUCAAUAUGAGGAAACAUUAUGGAGGACUCGGCUGUUUGGUCAGCAUUUUGACCAGUGGAUGUCACAAGGGUUUGAGUUUGAACCUUCCAGGAAAGUUGAUAAUCUCAAACCUGCUCAAGAGGCCCUGAUGAAAUUGUUUGCUUUGUCAGCUCGAUCUGACCGUGAAUUCAGAGCCUUGGAGGUGUGUGAGAUGAUGCCAGAACAACAUACACUUCAACUAGCCAUAAAGUACGCCAGUCGCAUCAAACAUAUGCACUUAGCAGAACGCAUCAGUGAGUUGGCUCAGCAGAAGGAAGAGGAAGCAGAACAAGAGGAGGAAGAAGUACCAGAAUCUAGCUAUAACCCUGCAGUUGUGUGGACUAAUAGAAAUGGUUACAUGGGGUCACGACCUAGGGAACAGAGUCAUUUAGUACAGGAUGAGGAGGUGAUGGAUGAAGGGGACGACGAAAUCAAUAUGGAAGAAGAAGAAGAGGCAGAGGACAGACCAUCAGGUCCUAUGUUAAAUCUGAAAGCAAAAUCGGAUAAACCAAGCCGACCUCAAUUUAUAUCAUCAGCAAGGUCAUCCAACCCUUUCAAGAUGUCCCAGGAAUCACAAAAGACGACACAAAGUGGUGGUACGAAAGGCACACAGGUGUUUGACAGUAUGAAUCGAAAGAAAGUGGACAAAGUUAAGGCAGCCGAUCCCGUAAUUAUUGGGAAGCCAGGAAAGAUAAUCGUCAAACCCAAAAAGUCAACACAAGGAAAUUUAUUUGCAACAAAGACUAAAACAGAUACAGCAAAACCAGAUACUACGAGUGAAACUCCUGCCCCUCAGUCAAGUAAUACUCCAUCAGCGUUUGACUUGUGGCUAGAGAAGAACCGAAUAGACCUGGAAGAAGAACAUCCAGAUCUGGCAGAGGCUGACCUGAUUCAGACAGGUGCAGAACGUUUCCGGGACAUCCCUAGAGAGGAGAAACAGGUUUGGAUCACCAAAGCAAAGCAGCUGAAAACAGAAAAUUCAGAAAAUGUACAAAGUACAGAUAAUGCAAGUACAGAAGUUCCAACAGAAAACAAGAAAAGGAAACGAGAAGAAACAGAUUCUAAAGAAAUUAAAGACAUAGCUAAUAAAAAGAAGAAGGACAGUUUUUUAGAUGGUAAAAAGAAACCCUUGUCACAAAGCACAAACUCUAAACUCUCAGGAUUUGCUUUUCAAAAAGAAUGAAUUACUAUUAAGAAUAAUUCAGGAUGAUUAUGGACUUCCGUGCAGUUUUUUACUGAUUACGAUAGUGUGGUAUGCACUGACAGCAGCUGAUCGUGAUACCAGAUGAUAUUGGUAUUGAGUGAAAUAACAAGCCAACAGGACUGAAUCAUUUUCGUAUGUUUAUCCACAGUGCAAUACAUGAUAUGAAAGUGUAAUUAUUCAUUGAUGUGAAACGAGAGGUGGAUUACACCUCGGUGAUGGAGUUCAGUGAUUAGAUAUUAUUGAUU